AGGGCGGUGCAAUACGAAGGGGAUCGGUGGUCAUAUUUUGCAGAUCGAGUAAUAUUUGAUAAAUUCUGUUCCGGUUGAAAGCUUUAGAAUCAUUACCUGAACAAUUCACUAUGGCAGGACCUCAAACAUCGCCCAACCUCUACCCCGACCAAUACACUCUACAGCCCAAUGUGGAAUUCGUAUUCACCUCCGACGAGAACUGGUCUCACGUCGAGGACAUGGCCCUACGAAGACGAAUUCAGAACAAGGCCGCUCAGCGGAGAUAUCGCCGCAAAAUGAGAGACCAGCAAGCAGCAUCCACAGCGGGGCACCGAAGCCCCAUACCUUUGGCUAUGGAGCUUUCCCCCAAUCUGCCUUGGUAUCCCGAUUCUGUACAGGGGCCGAAUCCGAUAGCAACGGGAGAGCACACCCCGGCGCUAUCGUGGGAUUCAGAGACAGAUCCGUUUCUGAACGGGAUGCCGAAUAAGUCAUGGCAAUGCCAUCCGUCAGAAGAAUUGCUUUUUCCUCCCUCUGACACGAGCUUUUUAGAGCAGACCGGGCGGAGCUUCCACGGGGCAUUGCCUAUUGAUGAUCCAUUUAUUGCCGUCGGGAUGUCUGAACGUAAUUGCCAGAUACAAAUGCGGACCGGUUAGCGAAGCGCAUUAAGAAGACACUGGACGAAUUAUCUCUACUCUACGAUAUUGGUAUCGAACUGGAGUUGAUACCCCAGGAUAACGAUAUGUUUAUUCAGUUGGAGAAUCUGAAGAAGGGGUUUUGUAAGGCCAUGAAGGUGGCAUAAAAAUAGGUCGAGGCGGUCACUAUAAAAAUUGUUUUUUAGCGUGCUGCAGUCUCUAAUCUCAACUCAUGGAAGAUGACACUUUCGUUGAAGCUUUCUAAAUAAUUACAGGAUAGGGUUUGUCGAUACCAUUACUAGUAAUAUCUAGUCAAGGACUACAAGGUGGC